AUGGAUGCUUUCCUUGCCCAUUACGAGCGAAAUAAGCUAUACUAUUCUCAGGAAGACCAUCUUGAUCCUAGAAUGGUUCGCGCUAUUGAAAUGGGCUGGUUUGUUCUUGCUAAAUAUUACAAUAUGACUGAAGAAGUACCUGUUUAUGCAGCUGCUCUUCUCCUCGAUCCCUCUCGUAGAGCAGCAUAUAUUCGACAGAACUGGCCAGAUGCUUGGGUUCAGCCAGCUAUUACCGCUGCUAUGCAACUCUGGGAGGAGAAUUUUAAGAUGAUGAUCUAUCUACACCCUCAUCAAUACCACCACCGGAAACCCCUCUAA